AAAGAGAGACAGGCGGGGCGGGACCAGGUGGGCGGGGCGGCCGAAGGGGAAGGAGGAAGCUCAGGCCCACGACGCGACUCGACUGCGCGGCGGCUCCCGGGGCAGCCCGCCAUGGCUGAAGGAGUACCCCGCGCGGGGUCCGCGCUCCCCGCGCCUUCCAUGUCCUCCCUGCCCCUGGCAGCGCUCAACGUACGAGUGCGGCGCCGCCUGUCGCUCUUCCUAAACGUGCGGGCGCCGGUGGCGGCCGACUGGACCGUGCUGGCGGAGGCGAUGGACUUCGAGUACUUGGAGAUCCAGCAGCUGGAGAAGUACUCCGACCCCACGAGCAGGCUGCUGGACGACUGGCAGCGACGUCCGGGAGCCUCAGUGGGCCGCCUGCUCGAGCUGCUCGCCAAGCUCGGCCGCGACGACGUGCUGAUGGAACUGGGACCCAGCAUCGAGGAGGACUGCCAAAAGUAUAUUCUGAAGCAGCAGCAGGAGGCAUCUGAGAAGCCUUUACAGGUGGACUCUAUAGACAGCAGCAUAACUCGGAUAAAUGACAUGGCAGGCAUCACCAUUCGCGACGACCCCCUAGGGCAAAAGCCCGAGUGUUUUGAUGCCUUCAUCUGCUACUGCCCCAGCGAUAUUGAGUUUGUCCACGAGAUGAUCCGGCAGCUGGAACAGACAAACUAUCGGCUGAAGUUGUGCGUGUCUGACCGUGACGUCCUGCCUGGCACCUGUGUCUGGUCCAUCGCCAGUGAACUCAUUGAGAAGAGGUGCCGUCGGAUGGUGGUGGUGGUCUCUGACGAAUACCUGCAAAGCAAGGAAUGUGACUUCCAGACUAAGUUUGCACUCAGCCUCUCUCCAGGUGCCCAUCAGAAGCGACUGAUCCCCAUCAAGUACAAGCCAAUGAAGAAAGAGUUCCCCAGCAUCCUGCGCUUCAUCACUGUCUGUGACUACACCAACCCCUGCACCCAGAACUGGUUCUGGACUCGCCUCGCCAAGGCCCUGUCCAUGCCCUGAACUGCCCGAGCCCCUGGGAGUGCGUGCCUCUGUGUGCCUGUACAUCUCCUUCUACCCCUGCCUCCACCUGAAGUUGUAAGGGGAUCUGCGCUCCGCUGGCCUCUCGAUCGCUGGACAUGCCUGCUCCACGGACACAGCUGCAGCCAUGGUCCAUAUCUGGACAGCACCUCUCAUGUCCUGCAUAGAACAUGUGGCACGCCCACUUGCUGAGUUAUCAGCCAGGAUGGUGGAAACCAGAGGGGGCUGUGACUAAGCAGAAGACCAGAAGAGCCAGCUCUGACCCCUCCAUCCGUCUUGGGCCUCAGUUUCUCUGCCUAAGAACUAAGCAGGGUGGGGAGAACAGGCAGUCGCUGUGUUUGAAUCAUUGUGGGAAACGGUGAAGCACUGUUUUGAGUCUCCUGGUUGAGAGCCAGCUGGCCGCUGCUGGGACCAGGGCGCUGCUGUGCAGCUGCCUCCACAGUGCUUCGGGGCCCCACACCUCACACCCCACUUCCCCCUGCACCAGGGGACAGAGGGUGAAGCAGGCUGCACUGAGCCUGAUCCCCCACGGGCCCACCUCUCAUCUGCCUUUUUGACUCCUCCCAGCCUCUGCUCACCUUCAGUGUGGUAAGUCCCCAAGAGUCUGGCCUGCGCUCCUGGGGCUGCCUUUCACUUCCACCUGUCGAGUGCCUGUGGUUCUCUCAGCUCUGCCCUGCAUGAUACAGGAGCCCGACUUCUGGCCUCUCCAUCAAGUUUGGUUUCUGGGGCUAGGUCAUCAUGGUGGUGUGGGCAGGAAGUCUUUCUUUCCGGGGCCCACUCACAGAGAGAACUUUCCCACCAGUCUUCUGUUGCAUAACUGCCUUACCACGUUGUUUGCUGGAACUAGUUUACAGGGACCACACAAGAGCCUCCUGCCCGGAAGCUUGUGGGCACAUGGACACAUACAAGCUCACACGCCGAGACACAGGGACACAUGCACUGGCACCCUCACGCACAGACAUACAGGCAUCUUCAUGCACACAUUUCCCUGGGCACAGCUCCCAGAAACAGCUGGUGGCAUAGUCCCACCACAAGGGGAUCCUAACCCUGGACGAGAUGGGACCCUCUUGUCUUCUUUUUCUGUUUUCCUUUUUCACUGGGACCAGAUUCUGGAAAGGACCCACUGUACCAGCAUUUACACCUUCAGUGAAGCGCAGAGCAAGGAAAAGAGCUGUUGAACUCACACAACAGGUUAGCUGCGACAGCUGUUUUUCUCUCCUCGGGAGAGUUGUAUGUUCUUUUCUCUUCACCUCUCCUUCAAGGAGGAAUGGUCAUGGUCUCAGGUCUCUGUCCCAGGAUGAAGCCCAGGACCUUAAAUCUAAAAGCAAGUGUAUGUCUUCUCUGCUCUACCUUCAGUGAGGGCUGGGGACAAAGCACCUUCCCUUGGGGCCUCAGGAGGGUCAGAGGCCCCACUCUGCCUGAUUCUCAUGGAGCACUUAGCUACCAGGUGCCCAUCCCCUUUGAUACUGGGGAAUAUUUUACAACAAUUUCAAAAAGGUAUCUUUCAAACCUGUUCCUAUCCAUUGUGAGAAGGUCAAAGAGAGCUGAGAAAGGCCUCUGUUUGUAACUGCCCCCUUCUGUAUCCUAGGUUUAUAAUAAAGAGUCUCUACUUUGGGA